AUGUCGUUUCUUACGCCCACGGCUUCAUCUAUCAAUGGAUCAUACUAUACACCAGAUGAAGACACCUUUUUGCAGACAAGGCGGAGAAUCAGUUUUUCUAAUCGAGGCACGUUAAACUCGUCCACUCCUGUUGGAUCUGCGCAUUUUACACCAUCUCCCAGAAAACCGAUCCCAGCGUUGUCUCCAAGCAAGUCCGCUGGCAUACCCAAUACCCCAAUCAAACCGUUACUUUCAUCUCCAUUUAAAGUUCCUCAGAGCACUAAACCGUUAAUAUCUUCAACUCCUUUAGCGGGACCAAAUACUCCUGUCAAGGGGCCCAUGUCGCCUCUUUUGCGCAAGAAAUUCCAACAGCAGUUUCCCGGCACUCCUCAGCUGUCUGAGAAGCAAUCGCCACAAUCAAUCAACAGCAACAUUUAUCAGCGAUCGAUAUUCAAGCCAAGGCACAAGUCACCUUUGAAAGAGAGCUCAAACCUGCCAACACAAGAGAAACCAGCUCAAGUCGAACCAAAGGAUGAAAGCGAGUUGCAAAGUCCCUACGUUGAGCUUGCUUUGAGUAGAAUAGUCAAUCGCGACGCCGAAAUUCGCACAGUGAUAAUAAACACCCUAAUGAUGCUACUGUACCGGUUUCUUGUGGCCGUGAUUGUUCUGCUGAAUGUGAAGUUUAGGCUUCGUGAUGGGACAUCGCUAUUCCCUGCUGUCCUCAGCCAAUAUUCGAGUUAUGUGAAUCGCACAGUUUACGGAAUCCUGCUGUUCAACAUCGGUGUGAGCUCGCUGCGGCUGAUGAAACCUCAGGACAAAUGUCUAGAUCUGCCUUUGACUAGUCGCCAGCGCAAGUUGCUUGGUCUUCCGCUCGUUAACGGGAUGAACGUUCAGGAAGAGCUCGAGGUUGAUCGGUCGGAGCACAAAAUUUUGCCGAGUAGCCCAACCAAGGACAUCGCGGACACGUCGCUACUAGCGCUUGAUAUCUCAAGAUCAUUUGCGAAUAUGAACAUCUCACAGACAGAGAAAUCGCCGGUUACACUUGUUUCCGAAACGCCUCAGGAGAGGAUUCGCAAACAGCUACUUUCGAGGGACAACGGGCCUGCGUCGCCACAGGCUCGUUUCAAAAAACCCUCGAGCAAAUUCUUAUACGAUACUGCCUCUGCGGGGGGAUUCGACAUCAACAAUUCCGACGUGUCGUUCUAUUAG